CUGACGUGGACCAUUAACUUGGAGCUGCCGCCUCUCCCCUCUCUCCUCCUCCCUCUGACAGGCACAGGCGAGCGAGAGCAGCGCGGUGCAGGAGACGCACUGCUGGCUGCUGGGGGAGAUGCCUCCUCGCCAGGAGGGCACCUCUGGGAAGAAGCCCACCGCGGGGGAGGCAAAGUUUCAGGGCAGCUGAGGAGCCUUCCCCGCAGCCCUUCCAGCCCUGUCCACCCCCUGGCUAUGGAGGGCGGACUCUAAGAUGAAUCCCGACCUGGACACCAGCCACAACACAUCAGCACCUGCCCACUGGGGAGAGUUGAAAAAUGCCAACUUCACUGGCCCCAACCAGACCUCCAACAACUCCAGACUGCCCCAGCUGGACAUCACCAGGGCCAUCUCCGUGGGCAUGGUGCUGGGCGCCUUCAUCAUCUUUGCCAUCGUAGGCAACAUCUUAGUCAUCUUGUCUGUGGCCUGCAACCGUCACCUGCGGACACCCACCAACUACUUCAUCGUCAACCUGGCCAUCGCCGACCUGCUGCUAAGCUUCACCGUGCUGCCCUUCUCGGCUGCCCUGGAGGUGCUGGGCUACUGGGUGCUGGGCCGGAUCUUCUGUGACAUCUGGGCCGCCGUGGACGUCCUGUGCUGCACGGCCUCCAUCCUGAGCCUGUGCGCCAUCUCCAUCGAUCGCUACAUCGGCGUGCGCCAUUCUCUGCAGUACCCCACGCUUGUCACCCGGAGGAAGGCCAUCUUGGCGCUCCUCAGUGUCUGGGUCUUGUCCACAGUCAUCUCCAUCGGGCCUCUCCUUGGGUGGAAGGAGCCAGCACCCAACGAUGACAAGGAAUGCGGGGUCACCGAAGAACCCUUCUACGCCCUCUUCUCCUCGCUGGGCUCCUUCUACAUCCCUCUGGCUGUCAUUCUGGUCAUGUACUGCCGGGUCUACAUAGUUGCCAAGAGGACCACCAAGAACCUGGAGGCCGGAGUCAUGAGGGAGAUGUCCAACUCCAAGGAGCUGACCCUGAGGAUCCACUCUAAGAACUUUCACGAGGACACUCUCAGCAGUACCAAGGCCAAGGGCCACAACCCCAGGAGUUCCAUAGCUGUCAAACUUUUUAAGUUCUCCAGGGAAAAGAAAGCAGCCAAGACCUUGGGCAUAGUGGUCGGGAUGUUCAUCUUGUGUUGGCUACCCUUCUUCAUCGCUCUACCACUUGGCUCCCUGUUCUCCACCCUGAAGCCCCCGGACACCGUGUUCAAGGUGGUGUUUUGGCUGGGCUACUUCAACAGCUGCCUCAACCCCAUCAUCUACCCGUGCUCCAGCAAGGAGUUCAAGCGCGCCUUCCUGCGCAUCCUCGGCUGCCAGUGCCGCGCCCGCCGGCGCCGCCGCCGCCGCCGCCGCCUGGGCAACUGCGCCUACACCUACCGGCCGUGGACGCGGGGCUGCUCGCUGGAGCGCUCGCAGUCGCGCAAGGACUCGCUGGACGACGGCGGCAGCUGCCUGAGCGGCAGCCAGCGGACCCUGCCCUCGGCCUCGCCCAGCCCCGGCUACCUGGGCCGCGGGGCCGCGCCGCCGCCCGUCGAGCUGUGCGCCUACCCCGAGUGGAAGGCGCCCGGCGCGCUCCUGAGCCUGCCCGAGCCCCCCGGCCACUGCGGCCGCCGCGACUCGGGCUCGCUCUUCACCUUCAAGCUCCUGGCCGAGCCCGAGAGCCCCGUGACCGAAGGGGACGCCAGCAGCGGGGGCUGCGAGGCCGCGGCCGACGUGGCCAACGGGCAGCCCGGCUUCAAAACCAACAUGCCCCUGGCGCCCGGGCCGUCGUAGCGCCCCGCGCGCGGCUCCCUUUCCCUGGG